GAGGCGGGGUUAAGCCUCGGAAACCGCACCGACUCCCUCAAACGUGUCUUUUCUGUCGGACGGUUCGGGGAGAGAGAGAGGCCAGGGAGGAGGAUCCGACCCCGGGAUUACCGACGAUUAGAUCACCGACGGACCGGACGGACACAGCAGCCCCUCGGGUUUAAAGAUCAGCAGCCGGACCUUUCCUUAUCCUCACUAUGGCUGAGACUAAGGGGAAGUUUGACUUCGCCAUCGACCGAGGCGGUACCUUCACAGAUGUGUUUGCACGUCUGCCUGAUGGUCGAGAGAGAGUCCUUAAGCUGCUGUCCAGGGACCCCCAGAACUACAAAGACGCUCCCACCGAGGGCAUCCGCCGGGUCUUGGAGGAGGAAACCGGACAGCUCUUUCCUCGGGAUCAGCCCGUUGACACGUCCCUGAUUGGCUGGAUCAGGAUGGGCACCACGGUGGCAACCAACGCCCUGCUGGAGAGGGAAGGAGAACGGACCGCGCUCCUGGUCACAAAAGGCUUCAAGGACCUGCUGCACAUUGGCACGCAGGCCAGGCCCAAACUUUUUGAUCUGGAGGUCGCCGUCCCGGAUGUGCUUUAUGAGGAAGUCGUAGAGGUGGACGAGCGAGUCGUCCUCCGUCAAGAUGGCUGCCAGCUGCCCAGGACAGACCCCAAACGCAUCGUAACAGGCAGAACAGGCGAUUCUCUGGAGGUGUGGCAGGAACUGGAUCUGGAACAAGUAGAAAAAGACCUGAGAGGUGUUUUGUCCCGCGGUAUCUCCAGCAUCGCCGUCCUCCUCCUGCACUCGUACACCUGGUCCGACCACGAGACAGCGGUGGGCUCCCUCGCCCGUCGUCUGGGCUUCACCCAGGUGUCCCUCUCCAGCGAGGUCAUGCCAAUGGUGCGGGCGGUCCCUCGGGGCUAUACGGUCUGCGCAGACGCCUACCUCACCCCCAAAAUACAUCAGUAUUUGAAAGGAUUCACCGCCGGCUUUAAAGGUGGUCUGAAGGAUGUGGAUGUCUUGUUCAUGCAGUCAGAUGGAGGGCUGACCCCCAUGGAGCAGUUCUGUGGCUCCCGAGCCGUUCUGUCCGGCCCAGCAGGGGGCGUGGUGGGAUACGCCAUCACCUCCUACAGCCAAAUGGAGAAAAAGCCUGUGAUUGGCUUUGACAUGGGCGGAACCUCCACCGAUGUGAGUCGCUAUGCAGGCCAAUAUGAACACGUGUUUGAGGCCACGACGGCUGGAGUCACCCUGCAGGCGCCUCAGCUGGACAUCAACACCGUGGCUGCAGGCGGAGGGUCCCGGCUCUUCUUCAGAUCCGGGAUGUUUGUCGUGGGACCAGAAUCUGCAGGUGCGCACCCGGGACCGGCCUGUUACAGGAAAGGUGGCCCUCUGACUGUGACCGACGCUAACUUGGCUCUGGGUCGGCUCCUUCCUUCCUUCUUUCCAAAAAUCUUCGGCCCUGCGGAGGACGAGCCGUUGUCCCUGGACGAGACCAUGACGCAUUUCCGUCGUCUCACCGAGGAGAUCAACCUCUUCCUGUCUGCAAGCCAAACGCAGGCAGCAGCCAGUGGGGCCAACAACUCGCAGAACCACAUGGCGCCAAACAGCCAAUCGAAGAUGAGCGUGGAAGAGGUUGCAAUGGGAUUCAUUCGUGUCGCUAACGAGGCAAUGUGCCGACCAAUCAGGGCUCUGACACAGGCAAAAGGUCAUGAUACAUCUCAGCAUGUGCUGGCGUGCUUCGGGGGCGCAGGGGGCCAGCAUGCCUGCGCUAUAGCCCGAGCUCUGGGGAUGAAGACCGUCUUUAUCCAUAAAUACAGCGGCGUGCUGUCGGCGUACGGUCUGGCCCUGGCAGACGUAGUGGAGGAGGUGCAGGAGCCGUGCUCCCUGAAGUACGAGCAGCAGUGUUUCAGCGAGCUCGACCGCAGGAUGGAACAGCUCUGCGGACGCUGCCGCGACACGCUCUGCGCACGUGGCUUCUCCAGCGCUCAGAUAACCACAGAGGUCUUCCUCCACCUGCGCUACGAAGGCACCGACUGCGCUCUCAUGGUCACGGCUGACGGCUACCCCGGCCACGCCCUCUCCUGUCGGGCAGGCGACUUCCGCAGCGCCUUCACCAAACGGUAUCUGAAGGAGUUUGGCUUCACCAUCCCGGACAGACCCAUCAUGGUGGACGACAUCAGAGUGAGAGGCUGCGGCAAAUCGGGGAUCAACUCGGUGCAUAAAUCAAAGACGGGACAGAGACGAGCCAAACCUGUCAUGACGAACAAGUGCUACUUUGAAGACGGUUACAUAGACACCGCGGUGUAUCUGUGGGAGGAACUGCCUUGUGGGAACGCCAUCCAAGGUCCGGCCAUCAUCAUCGACAAAAACAGCACCAUCCUGGUGGAGCCGUCCUGUGAGGCCCGUCUAACAGAAGAAGGCGACGUCUGCCUGACUGUAGGCUCGGACCCUCAGUGCGUCGUCGGCACUGAGCUCAACACCGUGCAGCUCUCCAUCUUCUCCCACCGCUUCAUGAGCAUAGCGGAGCAGAUGGGCAGAGUCCUCCAGAGAACCUCCAUCUCCACGAACAUCAAGGAGCGCCUCGACUUCUCCUGUGCCGUGUUCGGGCCCGACGGCGGUCUGGUGUCCAACGCGCCGCACAUCCCCGUCCACCUGGGGGCCAUGCAGGAGACCGUCCAGUACCAGAUCAGAUCGGUGGGGAGCGAGCUGAAGGAAGGAGACGUGCUUCUGAGUAACCACCCGUGUGCCGGCGGCAGCCAUCUCCCAGACCUGACAGUCAUCACACCGGUGUUCAGAGAAGGAGUCAGCAGGCCCGUGUUCUUCGUGGCCAGCAGGGGGCAUCACGCUGACAUCGGGGGCAUCACUCCGGGCUCCAUGCCCCCCCACUCCACCUCCCUUCAGCAGGAGGGGGCCGUCUUUGUUUCGUUUAAGCUCGUCACCGGGGGAGUCUUCCAGGAAGAGGGUAAACCCGUUUUUCCUUUUUUUCAGAACGCGGCCGUCAGUCCCGCGGGGCUUUAUCUCCCGCCUCCUCUUCCACUUGUCUCCAUAUCAGCCGUCACCGAGGCGCUGAUGGCUCCGGCUCAGUACCCCGGCUGCUCUGGGACUCGUAAUCUGCACGACAACCUGUCAGACCUGCGGGCUCAGGUGGCAGCCAAUCAGAGAGGCAGCCAGCUGGUGGGGGAGCUGAUCGACUGCUACGGGCUAGACGUGGUGCAGGCCUACAUGGGCUACAUCCAGAGUAACGCUGAGCUGGCGGUGAGGGACAUGCUGAGAGAGUUUGCGCGGCGGCGACGGCUGCAGCAUCAGACCCGCUCCCUGGAAGUGGAGUCAGAAGACUUUAUGGACGACGGCACGCCGAUCAGACUCCGGGUUCAGAUCGACGAGGAAGAGGGCAGCGCGGUGUUCGACUUCACAGGGACGGGGACAGAGGUGUGGGGGAACUGCAACGCUCCGCGAGCCAUCACCCUGUCCGCUCUCAUCUACUGCCUGCGCUGCAUGGUCGGCCAGGACAUCCCUCUCAAUCAGGGUUGCCUGGCGCCGAUCAAAGUGAUCAUCCCCCCCGGCUCCGUCCUCCAGCCGUCCCAGAAUGCAGCUGUGGUCGGAGGAAACGUGCUCACGUCCCAGCGCGUGGUUGAUGUCAUAUUCAGGGCGUUCGAGGUGUGCUCCGCCUCACAGGGCUGCAUGAACAACAUUUCCUUCGGCAGCGAGAGCGUCGGCUACUAUGAGACGGUGGCCGGGGGAGCGGGGGCGGGGCCCGGCUGGCACGGACGCAGCGGCGUCCACUCUCACAUGACCAACACUCGCAUCACCGAUCCAGAGAUUCUGGAGAAAAGGUACCCGGUCAUCCUGGAGCAUUUCUCUCUGCGACCCGCCUCAGGAGGCGCAGGGAAGUACCGGGGAGGCGACGGCGUCAUCCGCAAGCUCCUGUUCAGGAAGCAGGUGGUGCUGUCUGUCUUGACGGAAAGACGAGCCGUCCGCCCGUACGGCCUCAACGGGGGCGAGGCCGGGGCAGCGGGGCUCAACCUGCUGCACAGAGCUGACGGUCGAAUCCUCAACCUGGGAGCAAAGACCAGCGUCAGCCUGGAGCCGGGGGACAUGUUCAGCCUCUACACCCCUGGAGGGGGGGGAUUUGGCAGCGAGGAGGACCUGAAGAACGGGAAGCCUCAGAACAAGCGAAGGCGUCUGAAUGAGACGUUCACUGAGCGGGGGAGCGUCUUUGACUACAGAAUGGCACAAGAGGGAGUGUAGAGGGAAAUGAUGAAGAGCUGGAAGGCCAGAGGAGAAGAGAAGAUUAAUGGGAAAUAGGAGACAUGCUCUUUAUCAAAGACAAGAUGCCAACAAGAUAAGUCAAAUUGACGAAGGUAAAACUGUUAGUUGUACUUUAUUGGCAUUUAAUGUGAGAAAUACAGAUGGCACAUACUGUACUAAAAGUUUGACUACAAAUGUCCAAUUAGACUAAAUGAAUGGUUCUGAUUCCUGGGCCACAGGUAUGUUUCCUACCUCCCAUUUUAAUCAUGUCUUGUUUAAAAGAAAUUCUCAUUUUCCAAUAGGGUUCAUACAAGGUAAAUUUCUGAAUGCUGAAUUCUCUUUUUGCCAAACUAAGAUCAACCAUCUCUCAAGCAAAGAUCUGAUGCCGUGUCCUUUUUUAAAAGCUUAAAUGAAUAAAUCCCAUUUGCUACAGA